AAGCUUUGUCAUCGCAACCUCGCAGUGAGCGGUGAGCACAGAGUACUGAAGCACUGACGUCCGCCGCUUGCUGCCACUCUCAGCGAUGGCAAGGCCAAUUUCGACUGGGUUCAAGACAGGCCUUGCCUUUUGGUUGUCUAGCCAGGCACCUGUGGUAUACGGGCACAAGCAUGAAGGGAACCUCACCGAGGAAGAACUACACGCUCCGAUAGAUUCUAUCUUAUGGAUGCACAUGGCCCUCCAGGCUGCUGUCUGGGGAAUUAUCUUUCCAAUCGGUAUGGUCUUUGGUCUUAGUCGAAGCCGAUGGCACGUCCCUACCCAGAGCAUCGGGUUUGCCUUGAGCUUAGGUGGUAUCUUCCUUGGGCACGCUCAUGGGGGUCGCCAAUUCCGCCACUCCAUGCACGGAUCUAUUGGCUCAUGGAUCGUUGUUCCAAUAUUCACACAGCUCAUCCUCGGCAUCUACCUCAAACUUCACAUACACCAAGAGACGCUUAGACCGUACGCCGUGCGUGCGCAUGGAAUCCUUGGACGCUUAUGGCCCAUAUUAGGUUGGGUGCAAAGCUUGUUCGGAGUCAUCGUUCUCAGGGACUUGUGUGGCCCAAAUGGUGCCGGUCAGUGUGCGGCACAUUACAUCAUGGGAAGCGCCUUCAUCGGAUACGGAAUCAUUCUUUCUUUGGUGCAUGUUCUGGGCGAAAACUGGGUCCGCAGAAGCGGGAAGAGUCCCGAGUGGUGGGAUUCAUGGGUGAUUAUGCUCUGGGGCAUUGUAAAUACUUUCACCGAGCAUUGGGGCGGUGCAUGGUCCGUGAAAGAUUUACAACAUACCGUACUGGGAGUUCUUUGGUGGACUGGUGGCGCUUUGGGCAUAUUCCUUUCCCGGAACAACCAGAGAAAUGUCAUUCCGGCGCUAAUCAUCAUACUUACAGGUUGGGCUAUGUCUGAUCACAUCCAAGCUCUCAUGCUCUCUACCAAAGUUCAUGCGGUCUUUGGUUAUACUCUCAUUCUCGCUGGAGUCACUCGUAUGAUAGAAAUCUGUUUCUUACCUGCCACUCUUCACACCGCAGGGUCAUUGGAAGACAAUGAUAGUGAACAUACUCUGUCACCAUCGCAAGGUGUUGUCACGUCACAGAUAAUAGCAGCUCGAGCUUUCCGCCAUUUGCCACCUUUCUUGCUUGUUGCUUCUGGGUUCCUGUUCAUGUCUGCCACAGACGAAGAACUCGAAGUAGCAGACGACACAGGCCUGGAUCAUGUUACGUACAUUCUUGGCAUGUACAGCAUUGCAUUUUUGCUGUAUCUUUUUACACAGUUCCUCUUCCACCUGUACGUGACGACGGGCCAAAACGCCAACUCAAUACAGGCGGGAAGAGAUAUAAUCUUCUCAGCCCCUCCAAACGAUGGGAUUGAGCUCACGAGUCCACGGGACGCCUCCAAAUGGUAUUCCCGGGUCCCUCGAGAGGAGCGUCCAGUGCAUGUGAUUGGGGAGGUCGAUGACUGACCUUAUUGAUGAGAAAUAUACCAUUCUGUUGACCUCAGCUUGUGCAUUUGCGCGUACGGUAAUUACUUAUUAGUGGAGAUUUCCCCCUUUGUAUUUCAAUGUGUUUCUUUUUUUGCGGAUUUAAUUUGGCUUCAAAGAUCAUCG